UAAUAUUCUGGUAUUUCAUAAAGCGCCAAGCCAGAUGGAACUGGGGGACAUGUUACUGCAUUACAAAUAUGGGUCCGCGGGAAGUUGUCACUGUAGACAGAUGGAUGUAGAACAGGCAUUUCUGCUCUUGUGAGAUUCGGCGGUAUGUACCUGGGGCUCUCUUCAUCCAUCAAGGAUUGUGGACGCAGCCUGAAAGUUGGAACUUGCUGGCAUUGCGAAAAAGAUAUGUAGGUCUCAAUUCCAUGCUGAAUGGUCCUGGUGGUGGGGGAUUGUGCAGGGAAAGCGCCUCAUGAACCGUCAGACGGACAAGGUGUCCAUAUCUACCUCGGUGAAAGUAUUUACUUAUCUUGAGUCAGGCCAAGCCAGUUGCAGCCAAAAGUCCAUUCUUUUGUCUCCUGGACCAUUCAAUUAUGAGACUAGUAUGCUUAUAUAAAACCAGGCCUUGCAUUUGAGGAUCUCAGCUACUGUCUGGCUUUCACCUCUGACUAAAGAUUGGCUAUAGAGAAUGGCCCUCAAGGUGUUCAGUUGGCUGAAUCGGAAGAUGCAUUCCAAUGCGGAGUACUGCACCAUUGAUGAUAAUAAGGCCAUGGAGAAGGAAGACUCUGUGCGCGCGCGCGCGAGUGUGGCUGAGCAAGACACUGAAGCCCUGCUGCUCCGUGAUGUGCUUCUUAAUGGCAUACUUGCGAUUGGCACGCUUGGCCACAACAUGAACUCCCCUGAGGCCCGCCAUGAACAAGAUGAGUUCAUCGUCAUGGAUGAAGAAAAGGUGGACCAAGAGAAGUACGAAGAGGAAAAGUGUGAGGACAAAGAAGAGGCAUUCGCUACAGCACCAAGUGCACCAGAACCUGCUAUUGAACCUGCCAGGAUGCAUUCAUCGUCGAUGAAAGAAUACAACUUCACGUGUUCUGUAAAGGAAGAAAUCCUGAUGUGUGAAGUUGAAGUGGAGGAUAUCUCUAAAAUCCAGGAACAACCACUUCUGAUGGCAGAGAAGGUUGAGAAAGUGAGAACUACACUUGCUGAUCUAUUUGCAGCCGAAACAUUCUCACCAAGUGAUACAGGGGAGAAGAGUCACCAGAAGACUGUUAUUAUUGCUGGGGCAUCCACUUCAAAACCUACAUUGUGCAUGGAAAAGACACAUAAAAAGAAGCCAAUAAAGCCAAUGCCAGAUCCUCUGAAGGCUACGAGAAAAUUAAGUCGAGUCGUGAAGAAGAUGCUGGGGAAGAAGAUCCACCCAGAGCAGCUCAAUGGACGUAGUAAUGCAGAGGAACCUCCGCUGCUUGGUGCCUAGGCUCGCGGACAAGUUUGUUUUCUCUAUCUGGAUCAUGUUACGUUCCAUUGGAUCCCUACAGUGCCCCGGAGGUCCGGAUUCCUUUGCUGGAGAGAAGCAUCCAACCACAACGUACUACGUUGGCCGACAAUGUUUCCGUGCCUCAUCAGCUGCCUGUUCGCCCGCCAGUGACGAAGAAUAGCCUGCUGCCUAAAUAUAUCUAUCUAUCUAUCUUGUCUAUUGUUUAUUACAUGUUGAUUCCCGUGUGUAAAGCUAGCCACAGUUGCGGUGUCCUGUCCUGUCCUGUAAGAUGGAUCGAUGUUCUCGUAGUACUGCAUGUCCCCGUGCGUCGGUAUCAAUAAACCCUCCGCUUUCUUUA